AUUCACUUGCGAUCCACGCACCAUUAAGUACAGACGUGCAUUUGCUUUUAAUUAUAAAUUGAUAACAUUUUGAAGAAUAGUAUUUUACGUAGUGUUUGAUUUACAGUUCAGUCCAUUAAUCGUGAUUUUUGCAAUCAAAAUUUAGAUCAAUUGUUGUUUAAGAAAUUUCAGCAGUUAAGAUUUUUGUUUCGCAUUUUGGAAAAGAAUCGUUUUGUAUUGUCUCGUCAUGGGUAUCACAAUAAGUCCGAAUCUAGUUUUCACCAAACCGCAUCACUAUAAAAUUUCUCGUACACUUGGUCAAGUAGCCGUAGAAGGAAAAUACUAUCGUCAUCCGGAUUCAGCUAGAAUUUCAUAUCCCUUGGUCACCGAAAAACCACUGGGUUCAAUCAAUAAGCCCAUAAAUGUUGCCAUUAUUGGUGGCGGAGCUGCUGCACUCGCUGCCUUAUAUGAAUUGUCUAACGUAAAAGACAGCGAUAAAAAUAUUCGCGUCACGUUAUACGAAUCCGAUCCCGACCAUUUCGUACAUAUCCCCCCAACGUAUGCCGUGAGAACGGCUGGGCUAAAAGCUGGACGAGUGUCGGCAGCUGUAAGCAGUGACGGACCCGUUCCCGAAAAUGUUGAUCAUGCUGUUUAUGAAAUUGGUGCAAUGCGAUUCCCCGAAAUUGCUGGCUUAAUGUGGCAUUAUGCUAGUAUUCUGUAUGGAGCUGACACGAAGGUCGAACUUUUUCCAAAUCCUGGUACCGUUGCUACAGAAUUAUUACAUGGAGAUCACGUCGAUAGGUUCGCGAUCGGUGAAUGGUUAGACGAUGAAUCACCAACGAAAAAGGUUGUUGAAGUUAUCAAAAAUGGAUUGGUGGGACAAAGUCAAGGUGAGAAUACAAGUCUCUUCCCUAUCAACGGAAAAGAUCCGGCUAAAAUUAGCGCCCAAUUGAAAGAUGGAAAAACCACCGAUGAAGAACUCAAAAAGAUCGACGAACAAUGGAAAGUCUUCGCUAAUAAAUACAAUAAUGUAACUCUAGUAUCUGCUGUUACACAAGUUAUAACGGCCAGACUUAGUCAACUACCAACUGUGCCCGGACUACGAGACGAUAACCAGAAAAUCAAUUAUUAUGUGGAAUUGUUCGGUACGGUUGGAUUCGGAACCGGUGGCUUCAAAUCCGUUUUCAACAUGUCCAUAUUGGAAACGAUGAGAUUACUUUUGUGGGACUACUCGAAUGAAUACAUGUUACCGGUUACGGCGAAUGUCGCUUUUCUUAGCAAGUUCUACGAGAAAUCACUCGAAAAAAAUCACAACGUUCGAGUCGAAUUAGCUCGCGUAUGCGACGUCGCUCAUCUGGACAAAAAUCCCAAUGGAAGUACACUGGUUGUUUUCUACCGCAUCAACGCAGAUGGAACAGAAAUCCCUGAACCCCAAAAAGAAGUGUACGACUACGUCAUUUUGGCCACAACACCGCGGCAAACAAGUUCAAUGAUUGGUAGAAUCGGAUUUAACAACACUGGUGGAAGGAAAGUACCUUUGGGCGAUCAUGGACGCCGUCUAUCGCCAGAUGCAUACGAAGGCUCUGUACGCCCAGCGUUGGUAUUAAGUCAAAAAUAUGAGGCAGCGAAUUCGAAACUAUUUUCAGCGGUCAGUAACGUUCACAUGGUCUGCUGUUCGAAAAUAUUUGCCUCCGUUAAAAAGGUCGACUUUGAUAAGUACGCUCCAGAGUUUUCGGAUAAAGGGAAAGUCAAAGCCAUUGUAGCCGAUUGCGGUUUGGGUUCCAGCUACGUUGUUCCCAGUACCAUAUUAAAUGAAAAAAUGAAAAUCUCCAGCAAAGACUAUUACAGUUUCCUAAUCAGUUACGCCUGGGAAGACGAUUCCAAAAAGCUCCAACAUAAUUUCGGCAAAUACCCGAUGAACAUCAAAGAUACGGAACAGGUGAUCAACGCAAUUGUCAAUCGUACGCAGCGCUACGUCAGAGAUCCGGUGGAUAAUUCUUACAAGCUCUGGUGGUUUGGAGAGGCAUUGAGUAAAUGUAAGCUUGAAGAUCCGCUAUCGUACGAUUGGACAACAUUCAAUUCAGCCGGUGCAUUUAAAUUGGAUAAUGCGGGCGAUCAUUACAACAGCCAUCUUCUAUUCUGUUACAAUAAUCACGCCCUGAAACCGGCAUUGAAGAAUAAAUUUUUCCUGGCUAACUGCAGUUACAGUCAUUUGGGUGGCUGGUUGGAGGGAGCAUUUAUGUCCGCCGUGAAUGCCGUUUGUGGAUUAAUUGUUGCCGCAAACGAUGGCGACAAAAAUGCUUUAUCUGCUGAAGCGCGAAAAGUGGUUGACACUCUCGACUCUGUUGCAGAAAAUAUCGAUUAAGAAAUCACUUUUAAAGUCACUCUGCUCAUCAUUAAUAUUUUGUUUAUUUUGGCCCUUUCAUAUCCUUUAGGAAACUUAGUGUUAUCUUACUAACCUAUUUUGUCUUUAUAUGUACGCUUAUUGCUGGCAAUUAAAAUAAAAAUUAUUUCUAAAAA